ACGCACCCAUUGGUGAUUCCUCUAGCAGCUAGUUGUUAUUGUUCGAAGCAUGUUCGAAGAAAGCCUCAACAAUAGCAGCGGAUGCCAACCAAUGAAGUUGUUUUGAUUCCUGAUGAAAUAUGGUGCAAUGAAAAACCCAUAGAAAUUUCGAGGUGGAUGAUUUACUGUGGUGCAAUAAAGCUCAGGUAUAUAAAGCACAGGAAAGCGACAUUCAAAAAUACUUUACACUAUUCUUAGAAAAACAUCUUGUGGAACUAACUGCUUUUGAAGUAUAAUGGUGAGAGCAAGAGUAGGCAGAAUAGGCCGUGGCAGGGGAGGGCGGCAAUCCAGAGGAGGAAGAAGAAACGGUCGAGGGCGAGGAGGGCUAUCCUCAAAUGCUAGAAAUCCUUCUGAAGCAUCUGAAGAUUCAAAAUGCCUGGCGGACUUUGAAGAUUUGGAUUUUGUUGGAUCUUUCGAUAAAUCUGUCAUAUCUAUAUUCACGAAGCAGUCGAGUUUCAAGCAACACUUCGAUGCACAGAAUUCAAAUAGAGAGCGAUACCUUGCAAUUUUGCUUGUUGUGAGAUCAAAAUCUGUGGAACUGCACGACGGUUCAAAAUGCAAAGCACUGGCAGCUGCUUGGGCCAGACGAGAUUAUCAGUUGGCACAAACGAUGUUGGAUUUCCCCGGGGAACAGUUUGCUUUGAAAGAGGUUUUAAAAGCAGUUUCUAUACUGGAUGCCGGGCGACAAAAACGACAGCAAGAAAAAAUAUUGAGAAGGCUGGAAGCCCAAGGUUGCCGGAAAAAAGGGAAAAUGGCUAAAUUAAAAUCAGUUAUUGCGUCUUUGGCACAAGACAUUCCGCCGGUUGGCUCAUUAAGUGGUGCACUUAUUCGUCACAUCAAGCUCUGGUUUAAAACGAUACCCACUGACAGACUCUCCUUCUUUGCUCAACACUUCCCAAGAGAGCCUUGGAAAAAGUUGGCUGACAUUUGUCAUCUUCAUCCUGAAAACGAUAUUCCACAGUGCCCUUGGUUCUUGCACUUUGUCUUUGGAAAAGAAAUUCCAAAAGAAGAUGAAAAUACACCUACAGAAAUUGUGUCAGAUGACCUUACUUCUGAAAAUAUAUCAAACAAAGUUUUAGAGUUUGAGAUUGACUACAGUGUAGCAAGAAAGUUCAAAGAGCACUUAACAGAUGAAGCAAAAGCUAAAAUAUGUUCAUAUGCACCAUUGAACACAGUCAUAUGGUAUUUUGAAGAGCUUCGCUGCACAGAAAUAGAUGGAAUUUUGAAAAGACGACUUGAAAGUGGGGAAAAAUUGUCUCUUUCUUAUGGGAAACUUAUGGAAAGACUGCAAACAUUUAUGGAAAUAAAAGAGCAGGAAGAGCAGGGGUUCAGCACCAAGGAAUGCAGAACAUCAACAGAAAACAAUGCUGAAUGUCACAAUGCAGAAGCACUAGCCAUUCCAAAAUUGUUACCUUUCAUAGACGACUUGUUUCCCAUUGCUGAAGAACAACUUGGCAAGCUAAAAUUGAAUAUAAAGUCUCCUGUUGUCGUCAUUGGUGAUAAAUCUAGCUCAAUGCAAUCAGCAAUAAGAACAAGCAACAUUAUUGCAAGCCUUUUGUCGAAAGUAGCAAGUGCAGAUCUGGUGUUUUUUGAUGAUUAUAAUGUCAUUCCACCAUUCAUUCCGACAACUGUUGAACAGGUGAUGAAUCUGUCAAGGCUUAUUCAGGCUGAAGAUUGUACCAACCCUGCAGCAUCACUUUAUCCUUAUUAUUUUAACAGGAAGAUCAUAAAAACUUUCAUAAUUGUCACUGAUGAAGGAGAAAAUAGAAAAUGUCAAAGCCAAAACUUUGCACAGCUAUUCAAAGGAUACUACGAAGAAGUUUAUCCUGCUGAUUUGGUCUUCAUUUCAAUCUCUUCUCACUAUUGUCGCCGGCAAAUGAUCAACAGUUUGCGAAAAGAAGCACCACGCAUUAGGCCUUUGUGCUUUGAACUAAUGGAAGAAAGACCAGACCUUACAAAGCUUGACAGUAUCAUUGGAACAUUGUCACUCACAUCAAAUGAUAUAAAAAUUGAAAUUGACACCUUUGAACAACAGAUUAAAGAAAAAGGUUUGAGAAAAAUGCUUGAGUCAGUCAAGAUAUGAUUAACUCACACAGAGAGUUCAAGUUGACAACUCUGACCAGCCAUGAAAAAAAAGCAGUGGAAAUUUUGAACCUGACAGACACGUAUCAGUUACAGAUGCUCCAUUUUGCAAAAUGGAAAUGCCAAAAAAACUAUUAUUAAAUCAUUUUCAAAAAGAAGCCAGAAGACCUUAUUCAUUAAAUAUUUGACUAACAUGACAGAUGUAGAAAAUGAAGCUAAACACAAACAAAGGACAUUUAAUACUCAUAAGAGUGAAAUUUACACAACAAAUUGUUUUAUUGAACUAUACAACCCUAUAAUUGAGUUUUUUAUGCUGCUUGUUGCAUUAAUAUUAUUGUCUUUUUUCUCUCCUGCUCUCCUGGACACAAAGGCAUUAAUUUCAAAUAAAUUUUUAUUACAAAGAGCUUGGUGACAUAUUCCUAUAACAUAUGCCAGGCAGUGCCAAAGUAUCGAAUAAAUUCAUGUUAAAAUGUCAAAAUAUAUUCAUUCUUAAAUUUCACCAAUUCCCAGUGUUAAUCUUUUCUAAAACUUAUUCUUAUGAAAAAGCGUGUAUGGAAAAAUCAGUUUGUGGGCAGGAUAUGCUUGGUAAAGGAGGUCUUUAGGAUAUGAUAAUGUACUAGACUGGAAACUUUGUUUCCUGCCUGGACAAGAUUAUUUUGAAAAUUUGAGACUGUAUGCCUGAAACCAAACAUUCUUAGCUAUUUUAAGGGUUGAUAAUGUUAAAUGUUAUCAUCUGGGGAUUUGCGUGACCAAUAUGUAAAAGCAUGCAGAUGUGUGCGAGGGCCGUAAUUGUGGGUGCACAACAAAGUUUCCAGUCUAGAUGAUGUAUAUGAUAAAAUGACUACACAGCAAGAUCACAAAGAAAAUUGCACAGCAGCCUCAAGAAUGGUUCACAUGUCUCUACCUGAAAUGAAUAAAGUUAAAAAUAUACAAAUGAC